AACAAAAUUGAUAAAAUGGAGAAAGCAGUCCAAAACGGAAGCAGUAAAGAACUAGUCAAUAGUCAACCAGAGGAAAAAGUCAAAUCUUCUAGAUCGGAGAAGAAAGUAUCUGAACUGCGGAAAGCACUUAAUGGGUUCCUAAAGAAUUUCAAAUAUGGGUUAUACACAAAAACUUUUACUGCAGUGGCUUUUGGACUUCUUAAACCCAAGAACCUUCUCUCAGGCCUGAUAGGAGUCAUUUCCCAAGAUACCUUCAACUUCUGCAUGUUUUUAGGAACCUUGGUUGGAGGAUACAAGUUGAUCCUAUGAGCUCUGAGAAAAAUCAGAGGAAAAGAUGACGGCCUAAACCCAAUCAUAGCCGGAUUCCUCUCUGGGUUCUCUCUGAUGUUCCAAUCAGGAACUAAGGUUAAAAAGCUGCUGAUAAUGGCAUUCCUUAUGAGAGCUUUAGACUCCAUUGCUCAGCUGCUAGACAAAAAGAACAUUAUCAAAAAGAUAAAAUACUUCGAGUGCUAUAUGUUCGGACCAGUGAUCUCCUUCCUUGUCUAUGUUUACUUCUAUGAAAAGCCUAUCUUUCCGCCAGGUAUCGAUAAAGCCUUCCUGGCUACUGCUGUUCCAUCGAAGCAAGAGUUGGUACAGGCCCAACACAUCUUCUUAAGACAAGGAAUCAGAUGGUUCCCAGGUGUUGUUAAGAAAAUCUAGGAAUAAUUAAAGCUCAUGCGUCAGCAAAAUAAUCAGUUUCAAUA